UAUUUAAGAAGCAGCCAUUAGAACCAAAGUACAGUCAGUCACUGAGAACUGAGAAAUGGCCUCCAAAGCUCUCUUCUUCUUUGCUUUGUUGUCCUUAAUAGCAGUUUCCCUCAGCCCUGCUUCUGCAAAUAAUGAGGAGGAUCCAGGUCUUGUGAUGCAAUUUUACAAGGAUUCAUGCCCUCAGGCUGAAGACAUCAUCCAUGAACAAGUCAGGCUCCUCUACAAGCGCCACAAGAACACUGCUUUCUCUUGGCUGAGGAACAUCUUUCAUGACUGUGCUGUUCAGUCAUGUGAUGCUUCACUGCUGCUGGACUCAACAAGGAGAAGCUUGUCUGAGAAGGAGACAGACAGGAGCUUCGGGCUAAGGAACUUCAGGUACCUCGACACCAUCAAAGAAGCUGUGGAGAGGGAGUGUCCUGGAGUGGUGUCCUGUGCAGAUAUCCUCGUGUUGUCUGCUAGAGAUGGCAUUGUUGCGGUGGGAGGCCCUUACAUCCCUCUCAAGACUGGCAGAAGAGAUGGUAGGAAGAGCAGAGCAGAAGUGCUCGAGCAGUACCUCCCAGACCACAAUGAGAGUAUCUCUGUGGUCCUUGAGAGGUUUGGUGCCAUUGGUAUUGACACCCCUGGAGUGGUUGCUUUGCUAGGAGCUCACAGUGUUGGUCGAACUCACUGUGUGAAGCUGGUGCACCGUUUAUACCCAGAAGUUGACCCUGUGCUCAACCCUAAUCAUGUUGAGCACAUGCUCUACAAGUGCCCUGAUGCAAUCCCAGACCCCAAGGCUGUUCAGUAUGUGAGAAAUGAUCGUGGGACCCCAAUGAAACUAGACAAUAACUAUUACAGGAACAUAUUGGAUAACAAAGGUUUGUUGAUAGUGGACCACCAACUUGCCACUGAUAAGAGGACCAAGCCUUAUGUGAAGAAAAUGGCCAAGAGCCAGGACUACUUUUUCAAGGAGUUUUCAAGAGCCAUCACCAUUCUCUCUGAGAACAACCCUCUUACUGGCACAAAGGGUGAGAUCAGAAAGCAGUGCAAUGUUGCCAACAAGCUUCACUGAAAGAUAUACCAUAAGUUUAGCUCUUCUUUCCUUAUCUGUGUGUGGGGAAGAUUGAGAAUUGCAGAAUAAUAUGGGCUUUCUAGAUGCGUUUGUUGCUUAAUGGGCAGUGAUUAGUGCAUGCGAGUGACCGGUAUUAAAAUUGUAACCGUGUAGAGCACAAACACUGCUUUAAUUAGUUUAGGUUUUCUCCUUUCUUCCUCACGUGAGGUUAACGUUAUGAUGGGCAUGGUGGAUGUUGGAUGUAUGUAUAUCUAUGGAGGAUGGUGAUGGUGUAUGAUGCAAGGAUAUUCAAUGAUGACAGUCAUUAAUGGUUCGUGCGUA